AUUGACUAUGCAACCGUUGUAUUUGGGUGUUUUGCAGCUGGAGGAAAAGUGUCACCAGCCAACUGUUUAUAUACUGCAGAAGAACUGACAUACCAAUUACUCGAUUCCGGUUCCACUGUUGUAAUUGCUCAUCCAGAUACCAUAUCAGUAGCAAUUGAAGCGUCUAUCAACGCAAAAAUUCCAGAAUCAAAUAUAUUUGUGCUCGGUGAUCAUGAAGUUAAUGGAAUUCAACCUUAUACCAGAUUACUUAGUAUACGUGAAGCCGAGCCUGUAUGCUUUACACCGGAAGAAAUUAAAACCACCACCGCGUUCUUGUGUUACAGUUCUGGAACUACGGGAAGAAGUAAAGGUGUAGAAACAACUCAUUAUAAUUUUAUUGCUAAUCUUACGCAGUUUCGUGCCUUUGAAGGGGAUGACGCCCAUAGUGGUCUUUGUUAUCUUGGAGUAUUG